UUAUGACACGCACACAGCCAAAGAGAAAGACUGAGGGGACUCCAUUUUGAGGUCGAAUUGCACGCUGCCGGUGCAAAAUCUGCGAUUUUUUGUUAUUUGUUUUGUUUUUGCUGCACUUAUCUACUGGCAGGAGUGAGGUAUCCUACCAUUUGAAACGAUGGCUGAUCCAUCAACCGCCAAUGACAUUCCGGAAGGCUAUGAAGUUCGCAAAUUGUCGGACCUCCGAGUUAUUGAUUUGAAGGCCGAGCUGAAGAAACGAAACCUGGACAGCUUCGGCAACAAGAGCGUGCUGUCGGAGCGCCUGAAAAAGGCUAUCGAGGAGGAGGGCGGAAACCCUGAUACAAUCCUUCUUUCAGUGGAGUCGGUGCCCAAGAAAGCUACACCAAGACGUGCUGCAAGAGAUGUAAUGCAGGGGACUGAUGAACACGAGGAUGACAAUUUGGAAGAUGAAUCUCGUGAUGGCCAUGAGGAUCACGAUAGCUUCCAGGACAUGGACAUCCUUGACAUGAAUGUGCUGGAUGAGGCUGACAACAAUGACAAUGGGUUGCCAGAACAUGAUGUGGAGGACCUGGGCAAUUUAAUUGGCAGCGAGGAAGAUGAGCACCUGGAUGAUGAGGACGAUGUUACCAUUGACUCUGAAGAGGACGCAAGACACUUGGAUGACUCUGGGGGGCUGGAAGAUGAAGAUAUUCUGGGCUCUUCACUUUAUGUGACUGCCGACGCAGACGAACUAUUAGCAGAAACAGAACAUGACAAAGUAGCUGGGUCUUGUUUAUCUGAGCCGCUUAUCGAAGACCGCCUCCCGAGCCGUGAGACGAGCGCCGAUGAAGAACAGGCGGCCACCGCUGGCGGGGAAGACAAUGUGUCUGCCGACACGGGAGCCAAAGCGGUCGCAGAAAGCAACUGGGAUGCCCUUGAGACGGACGCCACCGCGGAUGCGGAGAAGCCACCAGAAGAGACAUUGGACAGUGAAAAGGGCUCGCAAGCUGUUAGUGUAAGCGAACAGGACGUUGGGGUUGAAACUGUUGGUUCAGAAUUGGGUUCUAAGAAGGGGGGUGAGGAUGAGAAGACAGAAGAGAAUGCGACUGCGGAUUCAGCCUCGGCAGUGAAAGAGUCGUCCUCAGUCGAGGGCGACGAUCAGAACAAGAGCGCCGAAGACAACGUUUGCAAGGAGGAGGAAAAGGAUGCCAGUGCUACUCCGAGUCCUGCGACAGGCAGCAGCAACCUGUGGGUCAGCGGCCUUGCUUCCACCACCAGGGCGACUGAUCUGAAGACACUCUUCAGUAAACACGGCAAGGUUGUUGGUGCCAAGGUGGUGACCAAUGCUAAGAGCCCCGGGGCCCGCUGCUAUGGCUUCGUCACCAUGUCCUCCGCGGAAGAGGCCGCCACGUGCGUCAGCCAACUUCAUCGAACUGAGCUGCACGGCAAGAUGAUCUCUGUCGAGCGGGCUAAACAUGAGCCAGCGGGGAAGAAGCCAGCCGACAAAAACGAUCCAAAGAAGUUAGGCGGCGAGCGGAGACACUCAGCCGACUCCAAGCCUAUGAAGGAGGAGGAAGAAGGAAAGGAUGGCAAAGGGGACGAGAGGACCGUAGUCAUGGACAAGUCCAAGGGGGAGCCGGUCAUCAGCGUCAAAUCCAAAAGCAAAGAGCGAAGCUCAAAGAGUCAGGACCGCAAGUCCUCCAGUAAGGAGAGGAAGGACAUCCUGUCGUUCGACCAGAUCAAGGAGCAGCGCGAGCGUGAGCGGCAGAGGCAACGGGAGCGGGACAUGCGAGAGAUGGACAGGCGCAGAAUGAACGAUCGCGGUCAGGACAACCGCACUGAGCGCGAGCGCAUCCGCAUUUUCCGGGAGAAAGAGGAGCAGAAGCACCUGUUGAAGAAGAGACAGUGGCUGCAGGUUGAGAGGGACCGUCUCGAUGCUGACCGCAUGGAACGGCAUUACCUUGAGCGUGAAAGGAUGCGAAUCGAAUACGAGCGGCGUCGGGAGCAGGAGCGCAUCAUGAGGGAGCGCGAGGAGAUUCGGAGACAGCAGGAACAGCUGCGCUUCGAGCAGGAACGACGCCCCAUGAAGAGGCCUUACGACAUGUAUGGCAGGAAGGACGACUGGCCCGACAAGCGCAUGAACAUGGACGACCGAUACCGCUCAGACUUUGGCCGGCAGGAUCGUUAUCAGGACUUUGACCACAGGGACCGAGGGCGCUACCACGACGACAUGAGAGGCGGCGGCCGUGGCAUGGGUGGAGACCGAGAUGGUCCGAAUUUCGACAGACAUGGCCGCGACUCCUGGGGCGGCGGCUAUGACAAGCGUAUGAACAGGGACGGAGGCCGAGACUGGGACUCGGGUCGGAAGAUGGAUGGCGACCGGCCGUGGCAAGGUCGCGAUGGGAUCCCGGGCCCGAGCCACAUGGGGGGGCGUGGAGGCAUGGGAGGCCGCGGAGGCUACAUGAGCUCAUCCCAGUCUCUCUCGGGGGCGCUGAACCGACAAAACCAAACGAUGCAAGGUGGCAUGCAGGGCGGAGCCUUCAAUCGACGCUUCUGAACUAUCAUAUGGAAACCGCAAAAACAAUACUGCGCCUCUGUAAAAAUGAAAAAGUCCACGAGGGAAGUGUUGGACCUUUUUUUUUUUUUUUUUUAAAUCUGGAUUUCUUUCCUCCCACAACACUCUUGUUUCCGUGUCGUAGUGGUCACUUGAGUAUCUUGUUGUUGUAAAUUAAAAUGUUUUAUUGAAUCAUGGUUGAUGGACCUGAUCCACGUCAUGCUCAGCUUUCACUUUUUUUUUUUUUUAACGGCCUGUUGUAGAACAUUUUCUCAGUGAAGUACAUAAGUGUAACUCUUCUAAGCCUUUUUAUGAUUUCCAUCCUAGCUAAAAUGUUUACAGUCAUUCUUUGAAUGUUUGUGACUGGUAAUAAAUGAAGAGUGUUUCUAACUGGAA